CACCCAUUUUGACACACACAUAAAGUGUCCAGUUAACAAAAGUCUAUAUACAUAGUUGGGCAAAAGGAGGAAGUCCAUCUCAGACAGACACGCCAUAUCCUUAAGAAGGAAGUCAAGUAACAAGAUCUUAACUGGGGAAAAGAUGGGAAACGAGCAGUCAGUAAACAUAGAAGAGCUAUCCAAGAAUGGGGCAAUUCCUGAAAAGCAUGAGAAUGGAACCAUGAAUGGCAUCUCUAUAGAAGUCACGUCUGGCGGACUGGAGAUUAAUGGUAAAAGUGAAACUACAGUCUGCCAAAAUGGCAAGGCCCACUCUUUAAACUCUGCCAUACAAUCAACUGAUGUGAUCGUCAAAUCAGAGUGUCAACUUGAUCUUGCCCAAGCUGUUUCUGAAGCUCCUGACACCAAAAUCCAAGCCGUUUCUGAUGCCCCUGACACCAAUAUCCAAGCCGUUUCUGAAGCCUCUGACACCAAUAUCCAAGUCGUUUCUGAAGCCCCUGACACCAACACCCAGAAGGAAGAGGUCAAGAAAAGCAAAGGAGAAAAAGGUCGUCGUCAUUUUGGCAAAUUGUUCAAAAAGAAAUCACAACCUAAAGCUGAACCUGAGACUGUUGAAGAGAAAGAAAAAGAGACACAGAGUGAAGAUCAAACGGAUGUAAGUGUUCCUCCCACUGAGCCACAGCAGGAGACGGCUAACCUAAACCAAGAGCCCGAAUCAUUAAAGGAGCCAGAGAGGGUGACUCCAGUCUCCAGUCCCAAGGAAGAAAACGUUCCUGAAACUGACAACGGAGACAGUGAGCCCGUGGAAAGCAAAGAGGAGAGUAACCCAGAAGAGAAUCCAGUUAUGAACUUCUUCAAAACCCUAGUGACCCCUACUAAAACGUCCAAAAAGGAAACGGCUACUCCCGAUGCCGCUAAAGAUAAGUCCCAGAAGGAGACCCAACCAGCGGCAACCACUACUGUUGCACAAAUAUCUGAACCGCCUGCAGCACCCAAAGGAAUGUCUGUCCCACCACCCCCACCUCCAGAGCCGCCGAAAAUGGAAAUCAAAGGAGAGCCAACUGCCAAACCUGUAAAGGCCUCGGUGAAAGAAGAACCUAAAGCUGCUGGAAAGGCUCCUGUGUCCUCGAAAGGAAAAUCAGCCAAAGAUACUCUGAGCAAAUUUUUCCGCCAGAAGACGGUGGAUUCCUCAAAAGCUGGCACCCAGGAGGCUGCUGCAAAACCAGAGCCGCCACCACCUGCUCAGGAAGAAAAGAAAAGCGCCUCAAAAUCCCCGUUCCUUUCUUUCUUCAAGCCCCAAGUACUAUUAGAUCACAUGACCACAAAAGUCCAGGCAGCCUCCACAAGUGGAGUUCGGCUCCUCAGGAAAACUACUGGACUGGCUGCUGAGCCCAAGAAGGUGACCCCAACCCCACCUGCAGCGGCGGAGGCAGCUCAAGCAGUUAAAGCCAAGGAGGAACCUAAAGUGGCAGCCAAGUCUUCAGAGCAAGCUGCAGAUAACAAACCUGCUUCCGUGCCUUCCCAAGCUGGCGAUGAUGCAGCCUGUGUGCCCAAAAAACUGGAAAAGAGGAACUCCAUUCAGCUAUUCUUUAAAAAUCUGACUCAGAAACGUCCUUCUACAGACGCCGGAGUCCAGACAGAGCCACUGACCGCUGCUCAAGGAGCUGAGAAAGCCAAAUGAGACCAGAAGCAACCCUUACGUUUUCCUGUACAGUCUCCUUCUCACUUGUACUCAGUCCUUCUUUUUCUCUCUUAUCACCUUCUUGAAUUCCCCGAGUUACUUUGAUUACUUUGUUUUUUAAUUGUUACUGCUUAAAAGUCACCAUAGCAAAGGUAAGGUUUUGGAAGAAUAAAGGAAAGUGGACAGAACAGUUAGCAGGGAGUUGAACUUGUGGAGAUUUAAAAUGGUCAGAGGUUGUUUGGACAUAUUUUUUGUCACAUAAAUGUGAUGUGAUAAAACGUUUUCUACAGACGUUCAAAAUGACUUUUCUCUGUUUUGCAAUCUAACAUACUGGGCUUAUGCAAUAUAUAGUGCCAUGCUUUGCCUUGAACAACUAUUUUGUGUUAAAUCGAUAAAACUCAAUGUCAUAUAGGUUCUAUUUUUACACUUCACACCAGAGAAUUCACGCAGUUAAGGUAAUGCAGUGGUUAACAUGAAGGACGUAGGUAUGAGUCAUAGAAAUGCUCUUAAUGGAGCUGGUCUAAGGAGUAUUAAAGUUUAUAUAGCAGAGUGUGCUUACCAAUUUUUGAACUCUAUGCAAGUUAUAUGUGGACUAAAACAAAAAGGUACAUGCCAGAACAGCUAUCUUUUAGCUUAUAUGGGACAUCACAAUCUCUACUGAUCUUUGGGGAGCUGAUUGUAAAUACUCAACAAAUGCUUAAAAAUGCAUGCGAGGUAUUGAAACGGUGUCUUUGUGCAAAUGUGUCCUUGUGGUACGCUCUGCGUUACUCAUAAAUCACAACCGAGAAGCUUUUUAUUUUGAUUUUAGCACUUUGUCUCGCGUCAACUAACGAAAGUUUUCCGGCGUAAGUAAACUGUGUCAGGCGUAUGUGCAAUUAAUGUGACGCUGUAGUUUGUCGUUAUGUAGUGUGCAUGUGAAACUCGAGCUAUCCUGAAGACAAUAAAUGCAAAUAAAUAUACCACAUGCCUG